AUCCAAUCUCCCUCUUCAAAAAACUUCAUUUUCAGGUUGGCACGCGCAAAAUGACGAACCCCACUCCUAUCAUUCUAUGCGGCAAGACUGAACAGAUUGGCAAAGGUGUUAUCGAAGGCCUCAAGCCUGAGUAUGAAGUCGUGCACUUUGUCCUCACCCCGGAAGCGGGGGCCAAAGAAAUCCCCCAGGUAUUGCAAGGAAUAAUGCCCGAAGUCAAGAGCAGCGACAUCGGGUCCGGGAACCUAGACCGCGGCGUCAAGGCAGUCGUCCUCGGAGCAGCAUAUCACCACAAAGGAAUAGAUGCGAUGAAGGAGGCAGCGUCUUCGGUCGCCAACAUCCCCUGGGUCAAACAGGAUAUAACUCUGCCUACACCGCCGCUGGGACCAGAGUAUGGUAAGGCGAUGGUCGCGAGGGUAAAAGAGUCCCUCGGUAAACUUGAGGCAUCGGGGAAGCUCGGAGCGGGUGAAGGAGGCAUAUUUUGGUACUGAAUAAAGUUGAGUAAAUAUCAAGCCUUAUUGUUGAGCGCAGCGUACAUGUCAUAGGAGAUAAAGUAUACACAAGUGUUUUCAUUGCA